GUUUUCGACGACGACGACGAAACUCACCGUGUCCAUUGCGCCUCACCAGCCAUGUCUCGCCUCGUCCUACGCCGCGUGCGGCAAGCCGGCCGGCCGGUGGUGAUGUCCCAGUUUUCAUCAUCGCCGUCAUCAUCAUCAUUAUUAUUAUUGCCCUCAGCUUCACACAGCCAUGGUUCAUUGCGAGACGGUGGCCACCGCCAUCAACAACGCGGUUUUUCCGCCUCGUCGUCGCGACGGAUCAUGGAAACGACGGGCUUCACGGAGAACCAGCUCAUGGUGCGCGAGGCAGUCGGCCAGAUCUGCGCCCAGUUCCCCAACACGUACUGGCAGGAGCACGACCAGAAGGAGCAAGACCCGAGCGACUUCCACGCGGCCAUGGCCAAGGCCGGGUGGCUGGGCAUCGCGCUGCCCGAGUCGCUGGGCGGCAGCGGGCUGGGCAUCUCCGAGGCGACCAUGAUGAUGCAGACCAUCACCGAGUCGGGCGCGGGCAUGGCGGGCGCGCAGGCCAUCCACGCCAACGUGUACGCGACGCAGCCGCUCGCCAGGUUUGGCACGCGCGAGCAGCUCGAGCACACCAUCCCCAACAUCAUCUCGGGCAAGUGGCGCGCCUGCUUUGGCGUCACGGAGCCCAACGCGGGGCUCAACACGCUGGGGCUCGCGACCGCCGCGCACCGCCUCCCGGACGGCAGCGGCUACCGCGUCUCGGGGCAGAAGAUCUGGAUUACGUGCGCGCAGGUGGCGUCCAAGAUGAUCCUGCUGGCGCGCACGACGCCGCUGGAGCAGGUGCGCCGGCCCAGCGAGGGGCUCUCGCUGUUCUGCAUCGACCUGGACAGGAGCCAGCCCGGGCUGGAGAUGCGCAAGAUCAAGAAGAUGGGCGGCCGCGCCGUCGACGCCAACGAGGUCUUCUUCGACGGGUAUAGCAUACCGUCCAGCGCGCUCAUCGGCGAGGAGGGCAAGGGCUUCAAGCUCAUCCUCCACGGCAUGAACGCCGAGCGCUGCCUGCUGGCGGGCGAGGCCCUGGGACUGGGCUACGCGGCGCUCGAGCGCGCCGCCAGCUACGCCCGCGAGCGCGUCGUCUUCGGGCGGCCCAUCGGGCAGAACCAGGGCGUGGCGCACCCGCUGGCCGACGCGUACAUGCGGCUCGAGGCGGCGAAGCUGGCCACGUACCACGCGGCGCGGCUGUACGACGCCGCGGCCACGGGCACCGACGAGAGCAUCAAGCAGGACGCCGUCGGGGUGGCGGCCAACAGCGCAAAGUACGUGGCGGCCGAGGCGGCGUUUGCGGCGUGUGAGCGCGCGGUGAUGGCGCACGGCGGCAUGGGCUACGCGGCCGAGUACGACGUCGAGCGGUGGCUGCGGGAGUGCCUGGUGCCGCGGAUCGCGCCGGUGAGCAGGGAGAUGAUUCUCAACUACAUUGGCGAGAAGGUGCUGCGGCUGCCGAGGAGCUACUGAGGGUCUUGGAGCGUGGCAGGGUCAUUCAUCUUAUGAGUCUUCAUCUUAUGAGUAUUAGUAUUAUCGGAUCGUGAUACAUAUAGAGCAAGGUGGAAUAAAGUGUGAUUAGAGAUGGAUGGGUGUGCACCCCAAGGUCGCACCGUUGGUGUAAGUCGCGUGUGAGGCAGGUGGGGAUAUUUGCAUUCGCCCCAUGGAAGUGGUUGUAUAGGGUUGAUCGUACUGCACGUAUAACAUCGCGAC